AUGUCCUCCAAAAGCAAACUGUCCAGGUACGAGAAGCGGCUUUCAGUAUCGGAGGAGGAAGAUGAGCAGUGCUCGAAAGAGGAGAACGGCGGUGUGGAUGCACGUUACCUGAAGUCAGUGAAGGGAAGCAGAGAGCCUUCGCGCUACCACCAAUAUAACAUGAAGACCCAGGAAGCAUAUCCUGCCCGGAGGAUGACCCUACAGCGGGAGAAGGGUCGUCGACAGGCAAUCCGUGGCCCGGCGUUCAUGUUUAAUUCACGUGGCAGUAGCCUGACAGCUGAGGAGGAGCGCUUUCUGGAUGCAGCUGAAUACGGGAACAUCCCAGUGGUGCGCAAGAUGCUGGAAGAGUCGGUAACUCUUAACGUGAACUGCGUGGACUAUAUGGGGCAGAAUGGCUUGCAGUUGGCUGUAGGUAACGAGCACCUGGAAGUCACCGAGCUGCUAUUACAACGAGAUAACCUGGCAAAAGUAGGCGACGCCCUCCUGCUGGCCAUUUCAAAAGGCUACGUUCGGAUCGUGGAGGCACUGCUGGCCCACCCGUCAUUCGCAGGUGGAGAGAAGCUAACCCGCAGCCCUCACGAGCUUCAGGACGACGACUUCUAUUCCUACGACGAAGACGGGACGCGCUUCUCGCCUGACAUCACCCCUAUCAUUCUGGCUGCCCACUGCCACAAGUACGAGGUGGUACACAUGCUGCUGAUUAAGGGUGCUCGCAUCGAGCGGCCACACGAUUACUUCUGCAAGUGCUCCGACUGCACAGAGAAACACAGGAAGGACUCAUUUAGCCACUCUCGGUCCAGGAUCAAUGCCUACCGUGGUCUGGCGAGUCCAGCGUACCUGUCUCUCUCCAGCGAAGAUCCGGUGCUCACUGCCCUGGAGCUCAGCAAUGAACUUGCCAAACUGGCCAACAUUGAAAAGGAGUUUAAGAAUGACUACAGGAAGUUGUCUAUGCAGUGUAAGGACUUUGUGGUGGGCGUGCUGGAUCUAUGCAGGGACACUGAGGAGGUGGAAGCCAUACUGAAUGGAGAUAUAUCGGCUGAGCUGAAGGAAGGCCAGCAUCAUCGCUCACUGCUCAGCAGAGUCAAACUGGCCAUCAAAUAUGAAGUCAAGAAGUUUGUGGCACAUCCUAACUGCCAGCAGCAGCUUUUAACAAUUUGGUAUGAGAACCUGUCAGGUCUUCGAGAACAGGCCAUUGCAGUGAAGUGUCUGGUGGUGCUGGUGGUGGCACUUGGACUUCCUCUGCUGGCUGUGGGAUAUUGGUUUGCUCCGUGCAGUAAGCUGGGUAAAGUCUUGCGCAGCCCCUUCAUGAAAUUCGUGGCACAUGCUGCAUCCUUCAUCAUCUUUCUCUGCCUGCUGAUCUUUAAUGCUUCAGACCGCUUUGAGGGCAUCAGCACUCUCCCUAACGUCACGGUCACAGACCACCCGCUUCAGAUCUUCAGAGUCAAGACCACUCAAUUCUCAUGGACCGAGAUCCUCAUCAUGAUUUGGGUGGCAGGAAUGAUGUGGUCGGAGUGUAAGGAGUUAUGGACAGAAGGGCCAAGGGAGUACAUCUUGCAGCUGUGGAAUGUUCUGGAUUUUGGGAUGUUGUCCAUUUUUAUUGCAGCUUUCACUGCCAGAUUCUUUGCCUUCCUGCAGGCCAUGAAGGCCCAGGACUACGUGGAUGAGAAGAUCCACGCCACUGACCUGUCUCUGGUCACCCUACCACCUGACAUCAAGUACUUCACAUACGCAAGAGAUAAAUGGCUUCCCUCAGACCCUCAGUUGAUUUCAGAAGGACUGUAUGCCAUCGCUGUGGUUCUGAGCUUCUCUCGCAUAGCCUACAUCCUACCUGCCAACGAGAGCUUCGGGCCACUUCAGAUCUCCCUCGGGCGCACCGUAAAAGACAUCUUUAAGUUUAUGGUGCUUUUCAUCAUGGUCUUCCUGGCCUUCAUGAUUGGCAUGUUUAUCCUCUACUCGUACUAUCUGGGAGCCAAGGUUAACCCCGCCUUCACCACAGUGGAAGAGAGUUUUAAGACCCUCUUUUGGUCCAUAUUUGGUCUGUCUGAGGUCUCCUCUGUGGUGCUAAAGUAUGACCAUAAGUUCAUAGAGAACAUCGGUUAUGUUCUGUAUGGGAUCUAUAACGUGACAAUGGUGGUGGUCUUGCUCAACAUGCUCAUAGCCAUGAUUAACAGCUCUUAUCAGGAGAUUGAGGAUGAUGCAGAUGUUGAAUGGAAGUUUGCCAGGUCCAAACUCUGGUUGUCAUAUUUUGAUAAUGGCAAAACCCUGCCACCACCCUUUAGCAUUGUGCCCAGCCCAAAGUCCUUCAUCCACUGUAUCAGCAGAAUAAUCAGCCUGCUGCGCUGUCGCCGGCGCCACCUCAACAAAAACGUCGAGCUCGGGAUGGACAACUCCAAGUCCAGACUAAACCUGUUCACACAGUCCAACAUGCGCAUGGCCGAGUCCCACAGCUUCAACAGCAUCCUCAGCCAGCCUACACGCUACCAGCAAAUUAUGAAGCGGCUAAUUAAGCGCUAUGUUCUGAAAGCACAAGUGGACAAAGAGAAUGAUGAAGUCAAUGAAGGUGAAUUAAAGGAGAUAAAGCAGGACAUUUCUAGUCUGCGCUAUGAGCUGUUGGAAGACAAAUCCCAUGCCACAGAGGAACUUUCUGCACUCAUCCAAAAACUCAGCCAAAAACUUCACUCCACGUUAUAAACUAAUUCCGCUGCAGUGACCCUGGGAA